AUGGUAAUACUAACGCUUCGAACCACAGUACGUCCGCUGCGGUGGUGGGACGAGGAAUGCCAGGCCGCAUUACCCCCGAUAUGGAUUCGCCAACCGCAAUUCAUCUCGCGCUUCCACGCCGGCCCUGCGGUCUACAUCCUUGCAGCACCCUCCCUCAGCUGUGCCAUCACGAAACCGUCCGCUUCCACAGGAAAAUCGUACUCUCAACAUCCAGAAGCCAGGAAUCGACAAUUCUCGUCCAAGUUCGGCUGCUACCUACAAUUCUCGCCCAGGCUCGGCUGCUACCUACAAUUUUCGCCCAAGCUCGGCUGCUACCUACAAUACCUUUCGGCGUCCCAGCAAUCCCGGAAGAGAUGGUCAACCGCAGCGGCUGAGCACUGCGAAUUCGCUGUCUCGCCCCACAUUGGCCAGCGCAGCAAAGCAGAACCCAGCGACAGGGAUCAAAGCUUCGCGACCCCAGCCUGGUUUGACUACCUCCAACAACACAUCUCAUCGCACCAGUACGAGCAGACAAUCCGGAGAGCUGCUACCGCACCCCUGCCCUACACCUGCGGGUACUUCACGGCGUACGGUUCACGGGCAGCAGUAGCUAAGCCUUCUACCGGCCAGCAAGGCUACCACCAGGGCUACCGCCGCCCAUCCACUGCCUACAGUCAGCGGAAAGAUUUCUCUCCAAGGAGCCGUCGGCACGUUCCCAUUAGCAAGGAGAAGAAGGAGGAAGUAAAGCGUAUGCUCUCGACCACUUCGUUCGAGGGUUCUCUGAAGAGACUAAGUACCCUGAGCACCAACAGUGUUGUCACUGCCAUCUUUAAUCCGAUCUCCGCCGAUCAGAGAAGACCCGAUUCCGCCAGCAGCAACGCCACAGCCGUCUACUCGUCUUGGAUGCACAGAGGUGAUCCACGGGAUGACAGGUCUAGAGCAAUCGGUGCGCACUUGGCAAAGGCAAAAGAUGACUUCGUGAAUGCCCUGGAGCUGUUAAUCGCCGAUGAGAGCUUCCCACACGCGGAACGGGAGGCCAUCGUCCAGAGCGAGGAGUACGCGGCGUUGAGGGAGUUUGCACCCAAAUUGGAGGAUCCGAAUGGAGUGAAAGCCAAAGUCGAGGAGGAGUUCACGCCGAGAAGGGGAUUGUGGAUCGACCCCUACAUGCUCACAUCCCCGGCCAUGAAACACCCCAUCCUCAGCCCCAAGGAGGCGGCCGAGUGGGAGGCAACCCUGCGACAAAGCGAGCUCGCCAUCGACCACCUUAAGACUACUGGUGGCGUCUGCUACCGUCAGUAUCACUACCUUCGCCAAGAACAACGCCUCUGGAACGUGGUGGCUGAGCGCGUCGAAAAGCUCCGCAAGAGCUGUGUGAGGACGAAGGCGAAAUUCGGCCUAGGAGAGCGCCGUCACGACCACCGGACAUCUACAAGUAGCACUCUAAACGAAUCUGGAUCUACCAAGUCGCAGCAAACGGCCCUUAGCGACGAGGAGAUUGAGACGUUGGCUCGGUUGAGAGGACAAUGCGAACGCCUGAGAGAUGGAACUUACUCUCCUACGAGUACCACUCCCAACGAAGCGGACAAGGACAUGACCGCGCCAGCACCAGCAACACCGGAUUCGAAAGCGCUCAGGGAUUUCUGGCAGUCCAAGGAGGAACAGGAAAGCCGACUCGUUGCCUCGAAUCCACCCAAACAGCGGCAUGCACGUACUAGCUGGGGCCAACUAUUUCCUGUCAAGACCGCGUGGAGGAUCAAUUCGCUGCCGGAUAUGUCGAAAGGGCCUAAAUAA